GGACUUGAAUUUAUUCCUGACUUCUGCUUCAGGAGAGGAGAACAAGAGACACUUUCACUACAGCUCUGCCAGACGGUGGCCAAAUGGAUCUAUUAUCAUUAGAAUUUUAACCUUUUUAUACAUUGUGACUUUUUAGAUUGGCAUUCAAGGAUUUUAAUACUUUUUUAUUUUAUACUUUUUUGCACUUUUUGCAUUUCCACUAUGCUAUUUCCUUAAAGUUUAUGCUAUCUAAUUUAUUUAAUUUUUUUGGCUGACCAUAAAGUUGACUUCAUCAUAACUCUAAAAAUGUCCCCUUCUGGGAAUUUUUAUGUUUCUUUAAUGGUUCUCGGGCUGCUGACCACCCUGCCGAGAGCACAAGGUGCAUCAUGUGAGCCUGUAAGGAUCCCCAUGUGCAAGUCAAUGCCUUGGAACAUGACUAAGAUGCCCAACCACUUGCAUCACAGCACCCAAGCCAAUGCUAUACUAGCCAUUGAGCAGUUUGAGGCAUUAUUGUCCACUCAAUGCAGUCAAGACCUUCUGUUCUUUCUUUGUGCCAUGUAUGCCCCAAUAUGCACCAUUGAUUUCCAGCACGAGCCCAUUAAGCCAUGUAAAUCAGUUUGUGAGAGGGCAAGAACAGGCUGUGAACCCAUUCUCAUCAAGUAUAGACAUACUUGGCCAGAGAGCCUGGCAUGUGAAGAACUACCUGUCUACGACAGAGGGGUCUGCAUCUCUCCUGAGGCCAUCAUUACAGUGGAACAAGGACCUGAAUCAAUGCCGGACUACCCAAUUGACUCAAACAAUGGAAAUUGUGGUGGACCUGCGAGUGAGCAUUGUAAAUGUAAGCCAAUGAAAGCAUCACAGAAAACGUAUUUGAAGAACAACUACAACUAUGUAAUCCGAGCAAAAGUGAAAGAAGUGAAGGUGAAAUGCCAUGAUGCCACUGCAGUCGUAGAGGUCAAGGAGAUUUUGAAGUCUUCCUUGGUGAAUAUUCCAAAAGAUACCGUCACCCUGUACACCAACUCUGGCUGCCUGUGCCCACAGCUGCUGGUCAACGAAGACUAUAUAAUAAUGGGAUAUGAAGAUAAGGAGCGCACCAGACUUCUACUAGUGGAAGGUUCCCUUGCUGAGAAAUGGAGGGAUCGUCUUGCAAAAAAAGUUAAGCGCUGGGAUCAGAAACUGCGUCGCCCUCGAAAAAUCAAAUCUCCUGUUGCACAAAACGCCAAUAAAAACAGCAACUCAAGACAAAUGCAAAGCUAGACUCAUGGAACGAUGUCUGUAAAACUCGGUGGACUUUUAUACAAAGAUUUGCAUUGUUGGAGCAGCAAAGAAGAAAUUGCACUAUUGCACGUUAUAACCUAUUGUUUACUACAAGAUAUUGUAGUCGAUUGUAGUUUUUUUCCCUUCUUUUAUAUUUGCACGGAAUACUAAGCAAUAGAUUUAUUCCACUUUUAGAGAGGUUAAAGUUUUCUUUAUUUGUAAAAAAUGAAGCAACUCGGUGGGUGAGAAACAAAGAUAAUUCAUGUUCAAUAAAUUUCUGAUCUACUAAUCCUGAUUGUCUGCACAAUGGCUUGUCUUGUGCUUAAACAUCCUAAACUUAAAAAAAAGUCUUGUCUCCAUGUACUCUCUCGUUCCUUGUAGGUUAUACACAGAUAUCAUAGGAACUCACAGAAAAACUUUGUAGACCCUCCCCCAAUCUGGGAAAUAUCUGACAACUUUACUAUUAUUAUUAUUACUUUUUUUGUUUUAUUUUAUUUGUGACGAAUCUUUCAAUAAAAAAGUUGUGCUUCCGCAACAUGAAAUACAUGAAA